UUGAUGCACUCUCAUCGUCUCACGUUUUCGCAACAAACUCUUCGCUUUUCCUGCAAUAUUAAAGCUACGCAAAAGUUAACACAUUUAAAUGGUAUAGUUUUCACACUUGACGGCAGUAAAAUAUAGCAGAUGCACACUGUCAACGGAAUUGAUUGUAAUACUAUUAGCCUCACGUUAGCCGUUAGCUUACAUUGAGCAGCAGCGAGGCUGUCACUUGUCAACACCUGCAAACUAAAAAAAACAAAUGUCAUGGAAAAUUCUACGGAGGAAACAGUUGCAAAGCUGACCGAAGCUGCAGUGAAGGGGGAAGCAUCUCUCAAACCAGAAUUUAUCACUAGCAAAGACAAAUUUCAUGAGUUCCUUGACUCUGAGUGGCAAAGCUUCAAAGGAGUUGAGAAAAAGGAAUCCACAGAGGAGCCCGAAAGAAAAAAGGUGAAAUUGGAUGCUGAGGAGCUUGAUAAAGGCACCAAGCCAGACGGCAAACGUCUCAGAGGGCAGAACAAAUCGAGACCACAUAAAAAACCAACGUCCUAUGACGAAAAAAGGCUUUGUGGAUCUGUUAUUCAGGGGAACCGCGAAUGCCCCUACGGUGACAAGUGCCACUUUUACCAUGACGCCGCCGCCUACCUGGCAAGCAAGCCCGCCGACAUCGGCGAACGCUGUCACGUCUACGAGACCUUCGGGAAGUGCACGUACGGCCUCGCUUGUCGCUUCGCCAGGUCGCACACCACAGCUGACUUAAAGAGUGCGGAGAAUGCAGACGUGUUGAAAAGCUAUGAGGGCCGCACACCAGUUAGGAACACCCUGAGUAAAGAGCUGCAGAAUCAACUGAGGAAGCAUUCGGUAGCGUUUAAAAAGUCAGCAGAGUACCUGAAGACGCUAAGCAACAACAAGGAUAAGGAACAGCAGAACAAUGGCACAGCUGACUUACAGGCAGAUCCAACUGCCGAGACUAAAAAUGAAUCUACAGAUGCAGAAACACUGGUUAACUCAGAGAAACUUUCUGUCGUGAGGACUGUGGGUGCCUUGACUGACGUCGAUAUCAUCAAGUUGCGAGGAUGUGAGAAAAAGCAGGUGGAUUUCCAAGACAAACUUUACCUCGCCCCACUAACUACUUGUGGCAACCUGCCUUUCCGCCGCGUGUGCAAGCGUUUGGGAGCGGACAUCACCUGUGGCGAGAUGGCCAUGUGCACCAACUUGCUUCAGGGCCAGCAGUCCGAGUGGGCACUUCUCAAGAGGCAUGAGAGCGAAGAUCUCUUCGGAGUCCAGGUGGAAGGUUGCUUCCCUGACACCAUGACGAGAUGCGCCGAGCUGAUCAACAACAACACAGAGGUGGACUUUGUGGACAUCAACUCGGGGUGUCCUAUUGACCUUGUCUAUAAGAAGGGCGGAGGCUGUGGCUUGAUGACGCGUACCCGCAAGUUUGAGCAGAUAGUUCGGGGAAUGAACUAUGUGCUGGACGUCCCUUUAACAGUUAAGAUCCGCACCGGUGUCCAGGAGAAGAACAACAUUGCACAUAAACUCAUUCCAGAGAUGAAGAAUUGGGGCGUCUCUAUGAUCACACUACAUGGCCGCUCCAGGGAGCAACGCUACACCAAGCUCGCCGACUGGGACUAUAUAACUAACUGCUCCAAGUUGGCAAGCCCCAUCCCACUCUUUGGUAAUGGCGAUAUUCUGUCCUAUGAGGAUGCCAUGAGGGCCAAGGAGACUGGUGUUUCUGGGAUUAUGAUCGCAAGAGGUGCCCUGGUGAAGCCGUGGCUCUUCACGGAAAUCAAGGAAAGGCGCCACUGGGAUAUCUCGUCCGCUGAGCGCCUCGACAUUCUACGGGACUUCACCAACUUUGGCUUGGAGCACUGGGGCUCAGACACACGUGGCGUGGAGAAAACACGCACGUUUCUUCUCGAGUGGCUGUCUUUCAUGUGCAGGUAUAUUCCAGUGGGGCUGCUGGAGCGAGUACCAGUGAAGAUCAAUGAGAGGCCCCCUUACUACAUGGGGAGGAACUUCCUGGAGUCGCUGAUGGCAAGUCAAAAUGUCGGAGACUGGAUCAGAAUCAGCGAAAUGCUACUUGGACCUGUCCCCCUAAAUUUCAACUUUUUACCCAAACACAAAGCCAACUCUUAUAAAUGAUUUAUUUCUCUAGCCCUGACGAACAUGUGUAGGGUUUUAUUUUUCAAAUUUCAAAAUAAUUAAGUGUGCGGCGCUACAUAGAUUUCAAUUAUUAUUUUUGACUGUUAAGAAAAAUAAUCUGAGUUUUAGUACUCUUGUACUGUGCAAUAAAGCCUCACUUGAAACACCACUGU